GCACAUUACAUGCGAAAAUAACUUGUCUCCUCUCCCCCCAGACGUGAAACUCUAAACCCAUUUGAGUGUGAAACCCAUACCUCGUUAGACGGCUUUUCAUCCACAGAACAUCUCGGACCGUCACGGACUCGCUUCUCACCCAAAAUGCUUUCCAGUGCAGGAAUAACCGGAAAAAAGACCUUUGCAUGGCCGCUUUCGCCUCUUGUGUCCAUGUCUUUGUUUUUCGGGCCCGGGCAGCGUUUUCGGACAAGCUACAUGAAGCGCUUAUCGACGGUUGUUUUCGUGGCCUUAUUCCUCGCCAUGGGGUUCGUUGCCACUCUCGGUGUCUUCGUUCGUACUACUAUCGACACUUGGAUACAAUUUUCCCUCUACAUAAUCCCUCUAAUAUCACUCAUUGGAGGCUCUUAUGCGUAUGGAAGCCAAGCUUUCAGCGCUUUGCUUGAAAGAAAACUAGGACGUCGAUCUCCAAUUCGAAUGUUUGCUGAGCCAGACAAAUCCGGACAGUUGUUUUGGCACGAGUCCCAGAGAGGACAGUGGUUACGGAGAUCUGCUUAUAAGAACUGCAUCUAUCCCAUGUCAAUAGAAGUAUACCAGUGGCUAGCAUAUGGAUUGUUUCAAAAGUUUACAAAGAAUGGGGACAAAUUUGCCGGAUCUUGGAUAAAUGAAAAAGAAGAACUUUUUGAGAUAGACGACAAGACGUGGCUUGUGCUUUAUGUGUACUUCUGGGUGGCAGCCGUGUACAUCACUGGUUUUGUGGCCUAUUCCUUUAUUCUUGUUGCACGCUUGACCACAAGGGAUGUUAUAAGUUUUAUGUGUCGAUUUGGGGAUGGCCCCUUUUUACCAUACAAGUCAACACAUUAUGAGUUUAAGGAGUCACUUUAUGCUAAAAAGCCUAGUUUUUUCAAUCGUUCACUGAUUCUGCUCAUAGGAUUUCUAACAUUUGACCUGCAAGAUACAGGGAAAGAUAUCAUGCUUAUUCACGAGCAAGACACAGGUACUUCAACAUUGAACAAUCAGGGUGUUACGGCUAUAGAGGAACAGGGUGUGAGUAAUGAUGACCAUGAUCUUGACCUUGACCCAGAAGGAAAUGACAUAGAGGAGUCGUUUGGGACUGUUCAUGUAAAGUUUUCAAGUAUUAGCCUGCCUCGCACCCCAGAUAUCACCCCUUUAGAAGCUUGCAAGUGUUUAACUAACCUUGUAGCCAACAUUGAAGGUCUCGCCAGUGCUUUCCAACCAUUCAUAAUUCUCUUAACCUUCUUCUCAGUUGCAAAUUUUGUCACCCACAUUGCUGCAUUCAUCAAAGAAGAAGGGUUCCAAGACAAACACUGGUGGACUUUCACAAGAACCCUGUUGUGGCUUUUCCUAUCAAUCCGUCUCUUGUGGGCUGUUGCAAGUAUUACUCGGUUCUUAUCGCAUCUUCCGCUACAUGUAGACUAUCUCCGCUCAAUUGGUAAGCUGCAAGGAGAAGACAAGGACUGGGACGGCUUUAUGAGGCUGACAAAUACCUUCCAGUUGCGCACACGUACUUAUGGCUUUCCACUCACUCUAAAGCAGGUUGCCUAUUGUGCAACUUUCCUCAACUUUGCAUUACUUAUAGUGCUGUCAAUCAUAGAACCUAAUCACAAGCAUGGUGUCUGAUCAUUGCCUCACUUUGCAAGGGGGGGCUAUGAUGGCCUGCUUAUCUAGCAUUGGGGCAAUUUCCAUGCCUUGAAAUCCGACAUUAAUGUUUAGGAGGGAAAGGCAGCCCCCAAAUAAUAAAAUCAUUUUAGACUGAGUGGAAAAUCGUACAGUAAAUGUACGAUUAAACAUGGAGCAUCUUCUACAAAUCAUACCAUGAUGCUGUAAAUUGAAUAGUAAUGAAACUUAGAGAAGAGAACUUAGAAGCUGAAGGUGAUAUUUUUUUAUAGGGUACAUGCAUUUGGGACACUAAAAACAGAUGUUAUACCCAUUUUAGUCACUCAUGCCCUUUUUUUUUUUCUGAGUUGUGAUUGGUUUUUGGUGAUGAAAGCCGUAUCACUGUUAGUGGCUGCUAUGCCUCCAACAAUCAGAGAGCACCAAAAAGCACCAGGCCUUGUGGCGGUAGCUUAGAAGGUGAUCUACUAUGAUGUUGUUUUGGUUAAGAUCAGUCUAAAACUGGGACAGAUGCA